AUGGCUGCUGUCUCGUCCAGUCCACAAGAUAGAGGCUUUCGAAAUUAUGAGCUGAAUACCAGAAGCUAUUCAUCAGUUGAUCUUCCACCGUCUAAUGAAAAGCCAUUUCCUACACUUAGCCCAUACUUCACGGACAUUCCAUCCCUUUCGUCUGAACUCGUAGAGAUCGAGGAGAAGAACCAUUGGUACACUCGUCUUUCACCAACCAUCGCCACUGCAUUCACCCCGUACACCACCGACAUCACUAGGACAACCCAAGCCUUCAGUGGCACUACUGCAGACGAUGCCCAAAACGUCAAAUUUGAGGGAGAGGUAAAGCCCUAUCUUUUACCAUCCAUGGGCAGCAUUUUCAUCCUUUAA